AUUUUGCUAUCUUUCUCACUCUCCUAUCCUCUCUCUUUCUCAAUCUUCCUACAUCUGAGCAACGUCUUCUUAAUAAUGGCAGGAAAGUGUACAAGUUUCUACCAAGAAUUACUGGAAAGGUUACAUAUUUGUUUUUCAAGUAGAUAUGUUUCAAAAGCUGUUCCGGUUCAACAAGUACCAGAAGAAAUCAUAGCUGAAAUUCUAAAAAGAUUACCUGUUAAAAUGCUGGCCCAGUGUAAAUCUGUAUGCAAAUCAUGGCCAGACUCUUAAAAGAUCCAAUUUUCAUAAAUAUGCACAUUCGUUUCAAUUCUCCCACGCACUUCAUUCUCUUUAGGCAACACAAUAUACAUUCCUUAUUUAUAUCUUUACCUCUUAACCCUAACCCCAACUCUGUUCUCAACACUCAACGACUUCGCCCUCCUCCAUGCGAACGUGAAUUCUCCAUCGAAGCUUAUUGCAAUGGUUUAUUGCUUAUAACAGUACUCCAUGAAAAAGCUAUCAUUCUUUGGAACCCUUCUAUUUCACAAUACAGGGUGGUACCACCCUCACCAUUCUUUGAAAAUCAGUGUUCUCGUGGGUUUCAUAGGAAUUUUUGUGCAAUUGGUUAUAAUUCUUCUGAAAAUGAUUAUAAAAUUAUCACCUAUACUUAUUUUAAUCGCACUAAUUAUUUGGAACUUCUAUCUUUAAAUUCCAAUUCUUGGAAGCAGCUUCCCGAUGCCGAAUAUGCUCCUUAUAACAUGGAAAUGUUUAGUCAACGACCUGUAUCAAUAAAUGAUGCCAUGUAUUGGAUUGCGUCUGAUAAGGCAUCCUAUGAGUUGUUGGGCGCAGUAUUCCAUGUGAUUAUGCGUUUUGAUUUAUGUCAAGAGAGGGUUUCACUCGUGUCACCACCACCAAAUGAUACUGGACUAAAUAUAUAUUGGAUUGGUGAUAUCAACCAAUCUCUCUGCAUGCGUUACUUUAGUAAUAAGAACUACUUUCAUAUAUGGUCUACACGGGAUGAUAUCAAUUGGGUAAAACUCAUCACUGUUUCAAACAUCCCUGAGCCUAAUCUCAGGGAUCCAGCACUUUAUUAUGUUCCUUUGUGUUUCAAUGAAUAUGGAGAACUACUGAUAAGAAUUCUUAGUUAUGAUACUUUUCAUGGAAGAAGGCAUGGUUUGGUUGCUUUUGAUCCAAAUGAACAAAACUAUCGAGGAUUUGUUUUGGAAGAAAACACAAUAUGGUUGGAACAAACUAUUUACAGGGACAGUUUGGUUUUUCCUAAUGAACCCUCAAAUCAAACAUGUUCUCAUUCUUUUUCCGGUUCCCUUAAGAAAAUGUUGCUCAGAUUUUCACACAUCAUCUUGAGUCGUUUCGCUUGUAAUGCUACAUCUAGGAUGAGGUUGUGAAUCAACAAAAAGAAUCACUGACAAAAUCACCCUUGUCAAAUCCAACAAAGAUCAUCAAUGGUGCAAUGCUACGUAUUGACUUUGUGGAAUUAUUAUAUCAAAUCAAACCAUGUUGUUAGUGAAGUAAGAGUAUAUUUCUUUUUUCUUAUAAGAAGUUGCAAUCAACCUGUGCAAUUGGUUUGUAAUUUUAAUGUAAUGCAAUAUCAUGACUUUUUCAAAUCAUAUAUACUUCCUCUUAGAUACAAAUCC